UUAUUUUUUCCAGGAUAAAGGUUGUUCGGGCAUUCAAGGUUUUGGGCUACGUCUGAGGUUUGUGUCUGGAGAGCGACAAUGUUGUUCAGCAAGGUAUUCAAGGCCAGUGUGCAGACCGGACUGAGGCUGCAGAGUACCAGUGCAAAAGCAGCAACCAGCGCUGUGAAAACGUCACAUGGAGGAUUUUGCUUCGAGCUCACUGACCAGCAGAAGGAGUUCCAGGAGCUGGCCAGGAAGUUUUCUCGGGAGGAGAUUGUGCCUGUUUCCCCAGAAUAUGACAGGAGUGGUGAAUAUCCUUUCCCAGUCAUCAAGAGGGCAUGGGAACUUGGCUUGAUGAAUUCCCACAUUCCUGAAGACUGUGGCGGAAUGGGUCUGGGUAUAUUUGAUUCCUGCCUCAUCACUGAGGAACUUGCGUAUGGCUGCACAGGUGUUCAGACUGCCAUUGAAGCAAACUCCCUUGGUCAAAUGCCAGUCAUCAUUGCAGGAAAUGAGGAGCAGCAGAAAAAGUAUUUGGGAAGAAUGACAGAGGAACCUCUAAUGUGUGCAUACUGUGUGACUGAGCCAGGGGCGGGCUCUGAUGUGGCUGCGAUCAAAACCCGCGCAGUGAAGAAAGGUGACGAGUACAUCAUAAACGGGCAGAAGAUGUGGAUCACCAACGGAGGCAAGGCAAACUGGUAUUUCCUCCUGGCUCGGUCUGACCCUGAUCCCAAGUGCCCAGCCAGCAAGGCCUUCACAGGCUUCAUUUUGGAUGCAGACACCCCUGGAGUCCAAGUUGGCAGGAAGGAGAUGAAUAUGGGUCAGAGGUGCUCAGACACACGAGGCAUCACUUUCGAAGACGUGAGAAUCCCCAAGGAGAACGUUCUGAUUGGGGAGGGAGCUGGGUUCAAGAUUGCCAUGGGGGCCUUCGAUAAGACCAGACCACCGGUGGCAGCAGGGGCGACAGGACUAGCACAGAGGGCCCUGGAUGAAGCCUCAAAAUAUGCCCUGGAGAGGAAGACCUUUGGAAGGCUCAUUGCUGAGCACCAGGCAGUGUCAUUCUUGCUGGCGGAGAUGGCGAUGAAGGUAGAGCUGGCCAGAAUGGCCUAUCAGAGAGCAGCCUGGGAGGUGGACGAGGGCCGCAGGAACACCUACUACGCCUCAAUCGCCAAGGCCUUCGCUGGGGACAUCGCCAACCAGGUCGCCAGCGACGCCGUGCAGAUCUUUGGCGGGAACGGGUUCAACAGCGAAUACCCUGUGGAGAAGUUGAUGAGGGAUGCCAAAAUUUAUCAGAUCUACGAAGGCACCGCUCAGAUCCAGAGAUUGAUCAUAUCACGUGAGCAUAUCGGGAAGUACAAGAACUGAACACUAUGGGACCGUCCCUGAAAUGUGCAGUCUUCCCUGUUGUAAGGUUUUUCUGUAUGUAAAGUAUAAAUGGAUUAAUGUUUGAGAUGAAGAGUGCAAUUCUUGACUAGCAUAGUGAAUCUCCAGAAGUACUAAGUGAAAGUUGGAAAGGCACUUAACAAGAGAUAUACAUGUUGCAUACUUUUUGAUUCGAACCAACUUUUUGGCACAUGUGAAGCACAGUCUUCCAUUGCUGCAGUUUGUAAAUAUUCAUCGACUUCAUCUCGCACCACUGUGCAGCCAUUUUGAGGGCCUCAUAUUCCCUUAUUGCUUACACUGAAAAUUGUGGUCAUAAAGGAGUUAAACUGAAAAUGAUUUACUGCCUGCCAAAGGAGGAAAACCAGCAGAAGGAAGGGCUUUCUGUCAGCUGAAGAGUUUAGCCAGGAGAGAUUGCUGAAAUGCCAACUGAACAAUUUUAGGUGACUAGAUAUCAUUUCAUUCCUAUAGUUAAAUGGUUUGUCCCCCUGCUAAUCAGUGGAAUCUGCCAGUAUAUGAACUAUCUAUUUAGCUGGCAGCUAGAAUUUUUCCUUAAGGAUAGAUGGCUAAGGAAUAUAUAUUAUUGGACAGCUACCUGUCUAACCAGAGCUCCAUCUGUUACCGUCGUAGCUAACGAUUGAGAGGCAUGGGUACUUCUGCUGCCUUUGCUGGUGAACACAUGGCAAGGUAUAGCAGUUUUUGUGGUGUGACUGUAGGCUAAAUGUCAGGGUCAUAGCAUUGCUUUGUAGUCCAGCAAAAUAAAGUUACUGAUGUAUCCAUCAGCAGACAGCCACAAAGACUCUAAUGUUCUAACUACCCCUUGGUUAGCUUGUUGGUUUAAAUGGUGCCUGGUUCUGCUGAAAAGUUGUUGCAAGUUGGCAUAGCAAGGUUUUGUUGCCACUUUAAGCUGUUGGAAGGUAGCAAGAUGGAUGAGCAGAAAUUCCAGUAGCCAAAUGGCUGGCAGAAUAGCGCAGCAAGGUAAUCAAUCGUGACGUUGUGGCAAGUGUAUACAGGAAGGAAAAGCCAUAACACCCUGAAACCCUGAACCCAAGCAUCAUUCACCCAUUCAUCACUUUAUUCAGUGGUCUUUCUGUGUUGCUACUUUUUCUGAACAAAGUUGAUGUUUUAAAUGCAGUGUGUUUGACCUGUUGAGGCUAAAGUAACCAUCUGUCCCAUUGACUUUCUCUGAUUAAAAAUGCUAGGUGUGCUUGAAACCUGGGAGAACAGACCUCAAACUGGUGUUCCUAAUCCCUGAUCUUUUGGCUGAAAUGUUGGUUUUGGGUGUCAAACUAAGUGAGCAACCCUAUUUCAGCAUAGUAGCAUGUAACUGUUUUUUCAUGGGGUAUGACUGGUUAUCAUUAAUGCUGCUCAGGAUAACAUUUAUAUAGGAAAUUGGUUGCCUUAUACUCCAUCAGAAUGCCUUGUUCCUGUA